AUGAUUCUGAAGGAUUCGGACGAGCAGCAAAUGCCGGGAGCGAAGCGCUCCGUCGAGGGCGCGGAAGCGUCCGGCGUCGAGGGUGUGAUCGCGGGCGAGCAACGGUUCGCCGGACUCGCCCUCGAAGGGCAGCCGACACCGAGUCAGAAUUUGGUGGAGGUGCAGGCGGACGAUGCCGAGGUCGAGGCGGUCAAUCGGGAAGAGGAAAUCGUGAAGAAGCGCAAGACGGAGCUGACGACGACGCGCCAGAUCGAGACGCGCGUCAAGCGCCAGCUGCUGUUCGAGGACGGGAAGGUGGUGGAGGAUUCCGGCCCGAUCGUGUCGACCAACACGACCGAGGACACCGACAAGCAGGAAACGGUACAAACCGAGCACCGUACCCUGGGCGAUCCGGUGGCGGGGGCGGUGGAGGGUGAGUCCGGCAUGCUGCUGGCCGGCACGGGGGCGGACGCUCAGCAGCAGCAGCAGGAGCAGGUGGGGGCCGUCGCCAGCAGGGCGGAGGAGCCGGGCGCUAGUCUAAGCAGCACCGCACCAAAGACAAUCGGCAUCGCCGUGGCCCGCGCCGACGGGCUGCUGCGCAACAUCAAGGAGGAGGUGGUGGUGUCGCGCGAGGAAACCAAGGAGCGCACCGAGGUGACCGAGCAGAAGCACUUCGGCGACUUUACCGACGACGCGUACCUGAGGGCGAUCAACAGCGGCGUAGACGACAUCCGGGAGCUGCUGCUGUCGGAGAAGGCGCGCACGGAGCUAUCGCCGACCGGGCCGCAGCUGGUGCAGCAGUCCAUCAGCUCGCGGAAGGUUGUCGACAGCGAGGAUACCGACAUCCGGCACCUGGCCCGCCCGGACGGGACGCUCGUGACGGAGAAGCAGCAGACGCGCCAGCACGAGGAGCUGUAUGACGACGAGCUGCCGGAGCCGACCGACGGUUACGACCACGUCGACAGCGGCGAGCGGCUGAUAGACCAAAAGUCGUCGGCGCAGCGCUACUACAAGCAGCGGGACGAGCAGCAUGUGGAUCUGGUGGCGGCCAACGGGGAAGUGAUUGGCCACGAGAUGCGCUACGCCGCGGAGCAGACGCAGAUGGAGAAGGACGGGGGACGGGGCGGACCGGGCGACGCGGGCCUCCUCUCGGACUGGGACAGCCUGUCCGAUCGGCUGCGGAAGGCGCGCCGCCUGAACCGCCACACGGCGAAGGAGACGGCCCUACUGGCGGGUGGUGGCGCGGUGGUGCCGGGUGCCAUCCCACCGGUCGGGGCCGUACCGGCCACGCUGAACGACCGGCUCGACGCGCUCACCAAGAAGCCGCUCGACUUCGACAAGGAGGAGGAGACGCGCAAGCAGGAGACGAGCAAGUGGCUCGAGAGCCACUUCGGUAGCGAGUCGAGGUCGUCGCGGGACUCGCGCGAGGACCUGGACGAGCUGGUCGAGCCGACCAAGAAGACGUACUUCAAUGUGACGAUCAAGUCGGGGGAGACGGGCGGCCCACCGGCUGGAACCGGGGCCGACCUGUCGGGAGGGAUGGCGACUCCUGGAUCGAAGGCGUACUACCAGGGCAUCUCGGAGUGGUCGGCCGGUGGAAGCCGCAGUCAACCGUACAGCCGGGGGACGGGUGGUUCACGGGAGGAUCUGCUCCUUUUGGAGGGAGGCCACGGGACCGCGAAGCAUCCAGGACGGGCGAUGAACGGGCUGAGCGAGCGUUCGAGCGAUGGCCGCGACUACCGGGAGGAUGUGGGCGACGAGUUCCAUCACGAACGCCACGGAACGCAUGGCUAUAUGCAGGGUUCGGCCUACAUGACGGCUCCACGACCGCAAACGGCGAAAAAUCCGGUGUCCGGUGAACGCCACUUCGCCGCACGGUACGGCGGCAGGUCCGUGUCACCCGACCGUCACUCCCUGACCGGCCACCCCGACGGUGGCCGACCGCUUGUUCCGCAACGUCGUAAGGUGCUCGAGCGACGUCAACAGCAGCAGCAGCAGCAGCAGGUGUCACCCACGCAACAGCAGCAGUACGGGGCGAGUGCGCAGUACCACGUCGGAAAAGCGAUGCCACACCCGGUCGUCCACCACGGCUACCCGGGAACUCCGCGCAGCCGUUCCAUCUCCCCGAUCCAGAUACCGCCCGUCGCCAGCACCCUGCGCAAGCCGUACCAGAAGACCCGCUUCAGCAGCAUCCAGGAUCUGAGCCGGCACGCCGGCAGCCAGCAGUCCCUCGGCCAGCAUCAGCACCAGCAGCAGCAUCAACAGCAGCAGCAACAGCGUGCCACCAGCCGGGCGCAGAGUACGCCGCCCAAGGCGAACCGCGUCGGCUCCGCCAUCGGCAACUCGAUCCGCAAGCUGAUGGGCAAGAUACGGUCGGCCAGCGCCGAGCGCAAGCACAAAUCCACCAAGAGUAGCUCCAAGCAGCAGCAGCAGCAGCAGCAGCAGCAGUACCAACAGCAGCAGAGGUCCCACUCCCCGGCGUCGUCGACGCUGCUGGCAGCACAACACGCCACGCCCGGGCAGCACAAGCGCCACUCGGCCACCUACCAGCAGUACAACGUCAUCGACGGUCACAUCAGCAGCAACGAGUCGCCGCUGUUCGGCCAACGUCACCACGCGCAACACCUACAGCAGUACGCAGCUGGCAGCGACGAGCAGCGCUCGGUAGUCGCCGGUCCACCGGCUGUCAACAGUCACAAGCCGAACGGCGUCGGCACCAGACGCGACAGCGAACGGCCCCGCGAGCGACGCGGUUCUUCGGACAUCGUCUCCGACAUGACGACCGGCAGCGGUGGUGGGCCCACGCCCCGUCAGAAGUACUAUCUCGGCGAAAACCCGUACGGCGGCAGCAUCUUUGGCAAGGAGAAUAAAUACAACCCGGCGGCGGCAGCGGCGGCGGCGGCUGCAGCGGCGGCGGCGGCGGCGGCAGGGCGUGAACGCCGUGACGAGCGCAACUAUUCCGCGUCCCAUACAAGGUCCUUCAGCCAGCCGCCACAGAACGUCCACCACACGCUGGGCCGGUUCAGCAAGAGUACCAACCGCCUGCCAACGACGUCAGGUGGAGGAGGGCAGUACGAGCAAGAGCCGGGUUCAGCGUCGUACGCGAGCGAGCGACAACCGGCGAACGUCUACGCCGUCACCUCCCAGACUCUGCCGCGCAACGACCACCAUCGACUUCAGCGCUCCCGACCGCUGCACUCGUCCACGAUCAACGUGUCGAUAGUCAACACUGUCAGCCAGGGUCCGGCACAGAAGUCGACGCCGUUGGCGAACACCGGCCCGGUGAAACCGGCGCGCACCUACAAGGCCCUCAACCGAAGCAAGUCGUUUAACGUGCACGGCCUGAACGGCACAAACGAUCCUAGUCCGAUCUACCUGGAGAAGCUGGGCCGCGGGCAGCCCACCUCCGGCGGUGGUGGGGGCGGGCUUUAUCGCCCCUCCUUCCCGCACGAGCCGGGCUCGGGGGGACAGCCGGCCCCUAGGGACGCGUCGGUGCAGCUAAAGAGCCCCUCCAUCGUGAACCUGAUCAGCCGGAGUACGCGCGACCUGACGCAGGCUGGGCAGUACGAGGACGGGCUAGCGGGCAACCGGGUGCUCGAAUACUAUCCGGGUGGCGCCGCGGAAUCACCGUCCGGCAACACGCUGGACAAGAAGAACGUAUUCCUGCGUAACCUGCAGAACCGUGCCCCGGAGCUCUACCGAACGCUGCACGGUGUCGAGGCCGGCAACGGCUCUUCCUCGCCGUCGAAGGAGUACCUCGGGACGUACAUCACACGCGAACAGGAGCAUCUGCUCGGAUCGCGCUCGCCGGCCACACUCAACAAGGACACCGCGAGCAUCGCGCGCCGUGGCAGCUCCAGCACCGAGGACUACCCGGACGGGUACGGUGCUUCGCCUGCCGGCGCUUCUACCGGCACAAAGAAACACUUCUAUCGGAAACCCGGCCGCGGCCUGCCGGUGGUCGAGACGGGUGAGGUACACACCACCACGACUAGUCGCUACCGAGGAGAUUCGGGCCUGAAGUACCAGGAUGUGCACUGUGGACCAAACAUCAGUGGCAACGGUACCGUCGACGGCGUGGUCAUCGAGCUGCGCAGUAACUCCUAAGUCUGGAAUGCUGGCGCUCAGAAUAAAAACCAACUAAUCGCGGUUCUUCUGCAAAACCUUGUGCCACAAACAGCGGAUGAUGCCCGUUCAACACCCUCUUAACACCUCUGCAUUGAUUCGUAUGGGUCUGCCCACGCAAGCGAUACGUUUUUUUAAUUUUAAUCGAUUACUUUUAACGCGUUUUCCUCAAAAUAACAACUCUA